GUGUCAUGGUAUGGGUCAUUAUGCUAGUGAUUGCCCAAAUAGGAGAUUGAUGGUUAUUAGAGGAGAUGAUAUUGUGUCUGAUUCUGAUCGUGGUGAUGACUCUGAUCAUAAUAGCAUGCCAUCUUUGGAGGAUUGUUCUGAUGGUGAUGUUGAGUAUGCAGUCCAUGGUGAAUCUCUUGUUGUUAGACGUGCUUUGAACUUGCAGGUGAAAGAAGAAAGUCUAGAGCAACGUCACAAUCUUUUUCACACUAGAUGCUUGGUGGGUGGAAAAGUGUGUAGUCUAAUUAUUGAUGGCGGGAGUUGGACUAAUGUGACUAGUACACUUAUGGUGGAGAAAUUGGGUUUGUCAUGUGUUCGAUAUCCUAAACCAUAUACGUUGCAGUGGUUGAAUGACAGUGGAGAGAUCAAGGUUGACAAACAGGUGACAAUUGCCUUCUCUGUUGGCAAGUAUGUUGAUGAGGCAUUGUGUGAUGUGGUGCCAAUGCAAGCUUGUCAUUUAUUAUUGUGGCGACCUUGGCAGUUCGACCGUCGAGCAUUUCAUGAUGGUUAUACAAAUUGAUUCUCCUUUGAUUUUAAUGGUCGCAAGAUCACUCUUGCUCCUUUAUCACCUAAGAAGGUUUACCUUGACCAGUUGAAGCUUCAACAAGAUACCAAGGGGAACAUGGGAUGUGAGAUCACAAAAAAAUCUGAGAGAAAAGAGGCUAUGAGAGAAAAGAAUAUAGCAAAAGGCCCAAAGGUGAGUGAAAAGAAAGAAAAGAGUCCAUGUCAUGAGAGUAGUACAAAUACAAAAAAAAAUUGAGAAAGUUGAGAGCAAAUUGUGUUUCUUUGCAAAAGAGAGAGAUUUAAAGAGUGCUUUAAUAGGCAAGAAAGCUUUGUUUAUGGUUCGAUUUAGGGAUAUUUUAUUCUCUGACACUGACCUUAACCCAAAUUUGCCAAAUAGUUUUGUCUCUUUGUUGCAGGCAUUUGCCGAUGUCUUCCCUACUGACGUACCACGUGGUUUGCCUCCAUUACGUGGGAUUGAGCACCAAAUUGAUUUUAUUCCUGGUGCUAGCAUUCCUAAUAGACCAGCCUAUAGGAGUAAUCCUGAAGAGACAAAGGAACUUCAAAGACAAGUGGAGGAGUUAUUAGCCAAAGGUCACAUCCGGGAGAGUAUGAGUCCAUGUGCUAUACCAGUUUUGUUGGUUCCAAAGAAGGAUGGUACUUGACGAAUGUGUGUGGAUUGUUGUGCAGUCAAUAAAAUUACGGUAAAGUAUCGUUAUCCUAUCCCUAGGUUAGAUGACAUGCUUGAUGAGUUAUAUGGUGCAUGCAUAUUCACUAAAAUUGAUUUAAAAAGUGGGUAUCAUCAAAUUAGAAUGAACCCAGGGGAUGAAUAAAAAACUGCAUUUAAAACAAAACAUGGAUUAUAUGAGUGGUUAGUAAUGCCUUUUGGGUUAACUAAUGCCCCUAGUACUUGUAUGCGUCUGAUGAACCAUGUUUUGCGAGACUUUUUGGGUAAAUUUGUUGUUGUUUAUUUUGGUGAUAUUCUCAUUUAUAGCACUUGUUUGGAUGACCACUUGUCACAUGUUUCAACUGUUUUGGAAGUGCUUCGAAAAGAGAAAUUAUAUGCUAAUCUUAAAAAGUGCACUUUUUGUAUUGAUUGAGUUAUAUCUCUUGGUUUUGUUGUGAGUGCGAGUGGAAUUGAAGUUGAUGAGGAAAAGAUAAAGGCUAUUCGUGAAUGGCCAACGCCUAAGAAUGCUUCUGAGGUACGAAGUUUUCAUGGGUUAGUUGGGUUUUAUAGAAGAUUUGUAAAAAAUUUUUCUACCAUUGCUGCGCCUUUCAUAGAGGUCAUAAAAAAGGAUGUUGGAUUUAAAUGGGAAAGGGAAUAAGACAUUGCAUUUCAUACCCUAAAAGACUGUUUGUGUUCUGCUCCUAUUCUUGUUUUACCUAACUUUGAUAAAACCUUUGAGAUUGAAUGUGAUGCUUCUGGGAUUGGUAUAAGUGCUGUUUUAAUGCAGAAAAAACGAGCUAUUGCCUUCUUCAGUGAAAAGUUGAAUUUAGCUCAGCGUAAAUAUUCAACAUAUGACAAAGAAUUAUAUGCGUUGGUUCGGGCUUUAGAGGUUUGGCAACACUACCUCUUACCUAAGGAGUUUGUGAUUCACAUGGAUCAUGAAUCUUUGAAGCACUUAAAAGGACAAAGUGAGCUUGAUAAAAGACAUGCUAAAUGGGUGGAAUUUAUUGAAACACUUCCCUAUGUUAUUGCCUUUAAACAAGGUAAAGAUAAUGUCGUUGCUGAUGCUUUAUCUCGGAGGUAUGCUUUGAUUACUACACUUACCUCUAAGUUAUUGGGCUUUGAGUUUUUAAAGGAGUUGUAUGUCACUGAUUCUGACUUUUCUGCUAUUUAUGCCUCUUGUGAACAUAGUGCAUUUAACAAAUUUUAUAGACAUGAAAGUUUUCUAUUUCGUGGUAAUAGAAUUUGUGUGCCUACUUGUUCUAUAAGGGACUUACUUGUUCUUGAAUCACAUAAUGGGGGUUUGAUGGGUCAUUUUGGUGUGCAUAAGACAUUGAAGGUGUUAUCUGAACAUUUUUACUGGCCCCGCAUGCGUCGAGAUGUUGCAAAAUUUUGUGCUAAGUGUGUUGCAUGUAAACAGGCUAAAUCUAAGUCUUUACCACAUGGUUUGUAUGCCCCUUUACCUGUUCCUAUGCAUCCGUGGGUUGAUAUUUCUAUGGAUUUUGUUCUUGGUUUGCCUUGAACAAAAAAAGGUCGAGAUAGCAUUUUUGUUGUGGUAGACAGAUUUAGUAAAAUGGCUCAUUUUAUUGCAUGCCAUAAAACUGAUGAUGCAACAAAUAUUGCUGAUCUGUUCUUUAGAGAGGCUGUGCGUUUGCAUGGUGUUCCCCAAACUAUUGUUUCUGAUCGUGAUGUCAAAUUUUUGAGUCAUUUUUGAAAAGUUUUAUGGGGUAAAUUAGGCACAAAAUUAUUAUACUCUACUACUUGUCAUCCUCAAACUGAUGGUCAAACUGAAGUAGUAAUUAGAACAUUAGGAACCUUAUUACGUGCUGUUGUUGGUAAGAAUUUGAAAACUUGGAAAGAUUGUUUACCUUUUAUUGAGUUUGCUUAUAAUAGAACUACUCAUUCUUCUACUGAAUUUUCUCCUUUUGAACUUGUUUAUGGUUUUAAUCCUUUAACUAUUUUGGAUUUAUUACCUUUGCCUUUGAGUGAUAUUGUUAGCUUGGAUGCAGAAGGUAAAGCUGAAAAGGUUAAAACAAUGCACUUGAAAGCACGUGAAUCGCUUGAACUGAAAAAUAAGUUGAUUGCCCAACGGGUGAAUAAAGGUCGAAGACAACUUAUCUUUGAACCUGGUGACUAAGUAUGGAUUCAUUUGAGAAAAGAGAGAUUUUCUACUCAAAGAAAAUCCAAGUUAGACCCUAGGGGU